AUGUGGGAGGCCAAGGGCGAAGAGCAGCCCGACUUCAAGAAGGAACAACAGGUUGUCGAGGCACCUAUAAAGAAGCUCGCCCACGGAGACAAGGGCGAGACAGGGGCUAAGAAAAGGAAGAAAACCCCAGCCGAGGAGGAGGUCGCCCACAAUAAGGAACAUGUCGCCCAAACCCCUGCAGGCAAGUCUAGAGAAGAAGGCGGAAAGCAGUUUAAUCUCACGUUGAAGCGAGCUGCCGAAGAGGCCCCGACAGAGCGCACGCGGGAAGGCGAGGGCGAGCCUGGGCAGUCCAAGGCCUCACUCUUCUGGGACUGCUUCAAUAGGGUCUUCUGCAUGGUGUUCCGCGACUCCAGCGUGGUGCGGAAACCCUUGGUGGUGGAAGUCCAGUUUCUGGCUCAAUUCUGUGUCUCUCAAGGGCUUCCUCUCGUGUCCUUCCAGCAGGUCAACUCUUGGAUAGGGUUAACGGCCAAGCAGCUUCGUACGGUGUUUCGUGAGAACAAGGGCAUCCAGAACCUCGUCGGCAUCUGCCCCGAGGAGCUGUGUAUCGCGACCGAGUACGCCGGCCAAACGCUCGACCACUACCUCCAGGGCCGCUUGUCUCUGCAACACAAGUAUUCCGUUCUGAGGCAAAUGUGCACGAUCUUGGGAACCCUCCACCACCACGGCUUCGUCCAUAACGACCUUAAGCCGCAGAACAUUUGUGUCAAGGUCAGUGCAUUGGGGCCCGAGGUCACCUUCAUUGACUUCGGUUUGACCCUUCUGGCCGGCAUUCACCCGAGGCUAGACAUCAGGUGGACCGAAGAACUCAUGUUCGCCCCUGAGAUCUGCGGCCGCGAGAACCCGGGGCCAUGCAGCGGGGAGUCCGACGCCUACAGCCUCGGCAAACUCUUGUAG